AGACUGAAUCCUUCAUAACUGGCUACCAACACUUAAACGCUGACGGCUGGCCUUCAGAAAUACCUACUGGUCUGUAAUCCUCUUUCAAAAGGAAAAAAACCCAAAUGUAUAUAUUAAUGAAAUUCAUGUUGCAAAAAGCUGGCUAACGAUUAAGGCAGCUUUAACUCGAGACGAGGUCUUAGUUGAGGCACACAAAAUUAUGCUGUUUGCUCCGUUUUGAAUUGAGUCAAGUGGCUUCUUCCAACUGGUUAAUCAAACGAGAACCUUUAAUGAAAGUUUUCUUUAAAACAUAAUAUUCAUAUAAUAAAACAAAUAUCCCUUCGGAGACAAAAGAUUCCAACAGCUAUAAAUCCCAAAAUAAAGAGUUUUCCUCCGAGUUUAAGACCAGCAACUAUUUCGCAUAAAAAAGAGGGAGAGGAGUCCUCUCCCCCCCACCCAAAAAAUAUAGAAAAUCCGACGCGAAGCCAACCCGCCCCGUUUGCUAAACGAAGGAAGUUCGCAGCUGCAGGACACGUGUGUGUCUCUCCCGUCGACCCCGGAAGCAAUCGCCCUGGCCAGCUGCUUCGCUGCAAACUGGUGCCAAGGGGGCGAAGGGGUCGCCCUGUCCCCGUGUCAAUGUUCUUCUCCCCCACUUUGCUGGCGAGUGUCUUGCCCGUCCUGUUGUCUCCCUGGGCGGUGACCGGGAGCCGUUCGGAGCGCCCCGCUUUCGGGAAAGAUGAAGGUACAGUACAGCUGCCUGGUGGGAAAUUGGAAAUUAAAACCAACCUAUUGGAUGGUAAAAAUGAAGGCAGAUCCUUCAGGACAAUCAAACCAUUUGUUAUGGACAAGUAUCCGGUCACCAACAAAGACUUCAGGGUAUUUGUGAAGGACCAGAAAUACAAAACGGAAGCUGAGAAAUUCGACUGGAGUUUCGUCUUUGAGAAUUUUGUCCCAGAAGAGCUUAAAAAGAAAGUGACGCAAAAACUGGAGUCUGCACCAUGGUGGCUUCCUAUUGAGAAAGCAUUUUGGAGACAGCCUUCAGGUCCUGGAUCCAGCAUCAAAGACAGGCUAGACUAUCCAGUAUUGCAUGUGAGCUGGAAUGAUGCUCAGGCUUUUUGCAAAUGGAAAGGGAAGAGGCUACCAACAGAAGAGGAGUGGGAGUUCGCUGCUAGGGGAGGCCUGGAGAACAGAUUGUAUCCUUGGGGAAACAAAUUCUUAGCCAACCGCACAAACCUCUGGCAGGGUAACUUCCCCAAAGUCGACACAGCUGAAGAUGGCUUCCGCGGAGCAUCCCCAGUGGCAGCCUUCCCUCCUCAGAAUAACUAUGGCUUAUACGAUUUGCUAGGAAAUACUUGGGAAUGGACAUCCUCAGAGUAUCGUCCAGAUGGUCCUGCAUCCCGCCAGCCGGGCCAAAAGAUGCAUGUCCUGCGAGGAGCAUCCUGGAUUGAUACAGUGGACGGCUCUGCCAAUCACAAAGCUCAGGUUACAACCAGGAUGGGGAACACUCCUGAUUCUUCUUCAGACAACUUGAGUUUCCGAUGUGCCACCAGCCUCGUCAAGCAGCCAGCGCAGGAAGCUGUCGGCAAAAAGGCUGAACUCUGAAGCCAACAUUAAGCUCCUCUAAAAAGACCCAGAUCUUUUCUCCUGUGGAGAUGGGUCAGCCUGCAUCCUUGUUGGCCAGACUUUGGGUUUGUUUUUUUUUGAUGAUUUUGAUAAAGGGCAAUGUUAAUGCUUGAAAGCUAAAAAUGGACAAAACUUUUCUACUGGUUGUAAUUGCAAUACAGAUACUCAUUGUUUGAUA